UUCAUCUUUAUCUCUCACUUUCUGUAAUAGUCUCGCAUAAACAAUCCGUAUGUACUUUUAUUUUGAAAACCCAUUCUCAAGCGCGAGACAUGACGCCUCUCACGCCUCUUGCCAACAGCCAUUUUGUGGGUCACGCCUACCGGAAACGGUGUCUGCACCUGCACCGACAGCAAAACCACAAUCGCAGGAGGAGUCCCAGUCGAGACCGUCACGUUCAUUCGACUCUAUCCCUCUUUUCCCGGUUUUCGGUAGUUCUACCACAGGUUAACUGCCGUUUCGGGAUUCAUUGAGCCGGAGAGCUGUUUGUUGGAACGAGGGGCUUUCAGCGAGAGAGAGAGGGGGAAAGAGGGAGGAAGGGCAGGUCCCUCAUCAUCAUCACUUUCACUCCCUUCAUCAUUUCCAAUCAUCAUCAUCACCAACGCGACGAGGCGUUUCCGCGAUUGAAACACACCGGAGCGCUAAAGCAGCAUCUACAACCGGACAGAAAUGCAGCGCGUUGACUACACGCCGAGCCCGGACUCCGUUUGAUGCAGGCCCGUUCGCGUUUUAUUAUUUAUUUAUUAUUUAUCUGGAAAUUUCUUGACUUUGUCAGGAGAGCGAACGAGCAGUGCGGCCUAGCAUCCGCUGCGUACGGCUGAAUGAACGAUGCGGACUUUAGCAGCUCUCUGAUUUACCGCCGCGUUUCAACGGAUGACCGUUUCACCGCGUCAAACAGCGUCUCUUCUCUUCGAUCUGCGUAUUUUUAUGGGAUUGACGGACAGUUGGUAGCACCGAUAAAAUGUGGAAGCCGAGGCGACUGAUGCGGUUGUCCAACCGCUCCUUAAUGGCCUUCAUCUUUUUCUUCUCCAUGUCCACGACUUGUCUCUACUUCAUCUAUGCGGCUCCUGGAAUAGUCAACACAUAUUUCUUCAUGGUACAGGCUCAGGGUAUCAUGUUACGAGACAAUGUUCGAACCAUCGGUCACAUGAUCAGGCUAUACACCAAUAAGAACAGUACUCUCAAUGGUACAGAUUAUCCAGAUGGAAAUAACUCUAGUGAAUAUAUCGCUCAACCAACCACAUACCUCCCUGAGAACUUCACCUAUGCUCAAAACCUGCCCUGCCCCGAACGGUUACCUUCUAUGAAGGGUCAGAUGGAAGUCAACAUGAUGGAGGUUCCUAUGGAGGAGAUCGAACAGAGGCUUCGACAUCUAGACAUUCAGUUUGGAGGCCACUGGAAGCCCAAAGACUGCAAACCACGCUGGAAGGUGGCCAUAUUAAUCCCCUUCAGGAAUCGCCACGAGCAUCUUCCCAUUCUCUUUCAGCACCUCGCUCCCAUGCUUCAACGCCAACGCUUGCAGUUCGCCUUCUAUGUCAUUGAACAGACGGGUACCCAGCCGUUUAACCGUGCCAUGCUGUUUAACGUGGGCUUCAAAGAGGCUAUGAAAGACCUGGACUGGGACUGUGUUGUGUUUCACGAUGUCGAUCACAUCCCAGAAAACGACCGUAACUAUUAUGGCUGUGGUCAGAUGCCUCGACAUUUCGCCGCAAAGCUUGAUAAAUAUAUGUACAUCCUUCCUUACAAUGAGUUCUUCGGUGGAGUAAGUGGACUUACUGUCGAACAAUUCCGUAAGAUCAAUGGCUUUCCCAAUGCAUUCUGGGGAUGGGGGGGAGAGGACGAUGACCUCUGGAACAGGGUUCAUUACGCAGGUUUCAAUGUGACCAGGCCGGAGGGAGAUCUUGGCAAGUACAAAUCUAUAGCUCAUCACCACAGAGGAGAAGUCCAGUUCCUUGGAAGGUACAAGUUGCUGAGGUACUCCAAAGAGAGACAACAUCUGGACGGCUUGAACAAUCUGCAAUACUCACCGAAGAUCUCUCUGAGUAGCAUUUAUAAGAACAUCACCGUGAAUCUGAAUCCCGAACUCGCCCCCAUAUCAGACUACUGACAGGCUCCGCCCACCCCAUUGUGACCUCGCGAAUGGGUGGAGUUAAACGUGAUGUAUCUAUGCCAAAUGCCCUUAAUCACAGGAUAGGGAAAGGGCAAAUGCCUGUCUAAUGCACAGUUAAUUGGGUGAUGCGUGCCUGUGUGAAUACUGGAUCAUAUCUGUGGGUGGGUG